GCCCAUGUGACCGGCCGGUUGUCCAGCUGGAAGCAGCUGUUGGACAGGAUGAGCAGGAAGGAGAGCGAGCUGGAGGGUCGCCUCGACAACAUGCUGUCACGCAUCGCCAUGGAGACGCAGGAGAUCAAAGAGCUGGAGCAACAGCUAACCGAUGGUCAGAUUUUGGCUAAUGAAGCUCUUCAGAGAGAUUUGGAGGGAAUCAUCUCAGGACUUCAGGAAUAUCUGAGAGGACUCAGAGAGCAGGCUGGUCGCGCUCAGCAGCAGGUUCACAAUCUGCAGGCUGAGAAUCAGAGUCUACAGCUCCACCUGGAGGACACUCAGAGACACUGCAGACAGCUGGAGGACACCGCCAGGACACACAGACAGGACAUGUCCAUCCAGCAGGAGGAACUGUCUGUGUUGAGGAUGGAAGCCCAAGCUCUGAGAGACAGACAGGUGCAGAGCAGCAGACAGCAGGUGGAGCUGGAGGCGGAGCUUCAGCUGCUGAGGGAGGAGCUAACCCGACAGAUCACUCUGGGACAGUUGGAAUGUGGUUCUCUGCAGGCAGCUGUAGACAAAGAGAAACAGAUCAGAGAGAUCAGAGAGUCUCAGCUACAGUCAACCAUCGACACACUGCAGGAUGAGAAAUCAUCACUUCAGCAAGUAGUCCAGAAACUCCAGGCCCAACUAAACUGGACCAAAGCCCAGUUUCACCAGUCCAGAACCCAGUGUAAAGACACUAAAACCCACUUAGACCAGGUCAGAGUACAACUGGACUGUUUCACAGCUGCCUUGUUGGAUCCUGAGGAGGUUCACAGAAGACCAGAGGAGCUGGAUGGAGACAAGUACAGUCCUCAGGACAUGUUGUCCAGGAGUGUGGAUCAGCUGUACAGGGCGAUCCAGCAGACCAGGAUCAGCAGGGAGCAACUGCAACAAGACCAUAACCACAGCCAGGAACAGAUAGCUAGACUGCAGGGCCAGCUAGACCAGGAUCAAGAAUACAUAGCCCAGCUGGAAGCCCAGGUGUCCCAGGACCAGGCCCAGGCAGCCCAGCUGAAAGCCGAGGUGAUCUAUGGCGCGGAGCAGGACUCGGACUGGAGGCUGAAGGAGGAGCAGGAGAAACUGAGAGUCAGUCUGCAGACUUCCCAGAGCAGAAACAGACUCAUUCAGCACAAACUGGAGGCGGAGCUGGAGCAGAGCCGUCUGCAGCUUCAGGACGUCCAGCAGGAGAGAGACACUCUGCUACAGCAGCUGCGUUCACAGAGCGACGGUCACCAGAGGAGCCUCGGACGUCUGAACAGGAAACUACGGCAGCUCAGCAGGUCCAUGUGUGAGUCCGAUCAGCUGACAGCCGAACAGCUGAAGUCGACCUCCGAACAGCUGAGAGCUCUGAACCACAGCGUGGAGCUGCUGCACACACACACACAGCAGGACUCUGUGGAGGAACUCGAUGGCAGCGAUCACACACCGACACCUCAGUCUGAACACACACACACAGUGCAGGAGCUGAGGGCCGAGCUGGAUAAAUCUCAGAGACACACACACAGACUGAGACAGAAGCUGGACCGGACCAGAAACAGGACCAGAAACAGGACCCGGACCAGAGAUGGAGGACGGUGGUGCUUCAUACCUCCAGGACACAGUGCUCACAGUCUGGGCUCUCUGGGGACUCAGGACUCUGGUUUGGGGCUGCAUUACCUGAGUACUCCAGACAGGGGGCGGCAGCAGGACCGACCACCCACCGGAGGAGGGUACUGGGUCUACAUCCCCCCCACAAACAGCGACUCUGACACAGCAGAGUGGAGGGACAGCGGAGGAGGCAGCGACGCUGACGGGACUCCUCCCCCAGCUGCACCGGCCUCUGCUGGACUCUCUGACACGCCUCUGGUUGGACCUGCCUGGCUGCUCUGUGGUCCUCCAGCAGGAGGCGCUGCACUGCACUGUAACAUCCCAGAGCACAGAGACACGGUAGACAGGUGUGUGUGUGAGUGUGUGCACAAAGAAGCAGAGAGUCUGCAGGAAGAGAAGAAGAAACUGCGACAGGAAACCAAACAGCUACGACACACACUGAGACGACACAGGAGUGUGGUGCAGGUGUGUGAUGAGGUGGAGUGUGUGGAGAAAACUUUGCUGAAGAGACGAGCUGAACUCCGGAAGGCUGACAGACUGCUGCUGGAGGUUCAGAGCUGCAUACACGCUUCCAGAGACAAGGCCACUUCAGCUCAGCAGGAGGCCGACGUGUUACAGCGCUGCGUUCAGGACGGCACCUCCCGUCUGCAGGAGGCCACACAGCACAUCAGAGAGCUGCAGGAAGAGGUGGAGGAGCUGAGGAGGAGGAGACAGGAGGAGGAGCGGACUCUGAGGGAGGUGGAGGAGACAGUGAAGAGCAGAGAUCAGAAAUUACAACAACUGGACACAGAAAUGCACUCAGCUACAGACAGAUUAGCUGAUGUGCUGUCAGACCUUCAGGAGUCUCAGAAGCGUUUAGAGUCACUCAACAAUCAGGUGGAGCAGCAGGAGCAGAGGUUGCUGCAGAGGAAGGAGGAGCAUCUAACAGCUGUGAACAGAGUGGAGGAGGUCAGAGAGGAGGAGAGACGCCUGCAGGACACAGUCAGGGAGCUGUUGGAGCAGCAGGAGGCGCUGCUGAGUGAGAAGAGGUCCACAGUGUGCGCUCUGAGAGAGGACGAGCAGAGACUGAUCACAGUGCAGUCUGAUCUCAACACACACAGAACAGAGCUCAAACAGGUCCUCCAGGAGUUGCUUGUAGAGCAGCAGGCGCUGGAGGAAGUGAAAACCAAACGCUCCCAGAGUCUCCAGCGGCUCCGCAAGAAGCAGGAUCAGCUGGACAGGAUACAGGUCGAGGUGGACAGGAUGAGGGACGAGUUGGACGGGACCCAGGAUGAAGUGGACAGGAAGAGAGACGAGCUGGAAAGGAAGCAGGAGGAAGUGGACAAGAAGAGGGACGAGUUGGACAGAAUGAAGGAGGAAGUGGACAGGAAGAGGGAAGAGCUGGCUGAGCUGCAACAGGAAGUUGAGUCCCACAGGAAGCAGGCAGAGAUUUGUCUGAAUGAGACAAAACAACAACGAACAGAACUGCAGGAGCUGCAGGAGGAGCUGAGCAGGAGGAGGGAGGAGAGGAGCAGCAUAAAGGAGCAGUGUAAACACCUGGAGGCCCGACGGAGGCACGCUGACAGGAGUCUGUCAGUGGUGGAGGCGGAGCUUGCUAAACAGACGGAGGAGCACAACCACGCCCAACGUCUCAAACAGGAAGUGGUCAGAGAUACAGCAGCCACUCAGGAGCAGCUUAACGAGAACUCAGAGCUGCUGACUCUGCUCAGUGAACGAGUGGAGGAGAGGAAGAAACAGCUGAUCACCCUGGAGCAGGGGGACAGAGUUCAGGGACGGACAGGACGUCUUCUGAAGUGUUUGUGUUUGCAGGAGCUGAGUGAGUCUCGUCAGCAGCAGCAACAGAGAACAGAAACACUGCAGGAGCUGGACACACACAUACAGCACAGACAGGCGCUGUGUGUCGGACUGGAGGAUGUUAAAGCUGCAGUGUGUCAGUUGGAGGACAGGGGGCGCCGUCUGCAGCUCAACCAGCUCAAGGACGAGCUGCUGGAGGGACAGAAACAGCUGCUCCACAAGGAGGAGGGGCUACAGCGAAAGGAGGAGGAGCUACAUCUGAGAGAGGAGGAGCUUAACCGGAAAGAGGAGGAGCUACAGCAGAAACGUGAGGAGCUUCGUGUGAAAGACGACAAAAGACACAAGAAAGUGGAGGAGGACAGAGAGGAGGAGGAGGAGGAAGAGGAGUCUUUCUACCUGUCUACAGCUGGUCUGAGAUCAGCCUUCAGCACUGAGGAGGAGAGGUGGACGGUUGAGCUUGAGAGAGAAAAACUGAGACAACAAGAGGACCGACUGAAGGCUCGUCUGCGCUGCACUUUGUGGACUCGGCAGGAGACUCUGGAGGAGAGACGACUGGAGACUGAGGACAGUGUACUGGGACUGAAACACAGACUGGACCAGCUGGACUCACUGCUCACACACUGAUGUACACAGAAACAACCCUGAACUACAUUCACUCGCUGUUCUGGAGCUUUAAUGGUUAUAUACAACAUUCUGACACUAGAUGUCGCUCUACAGCUCCAGCAUCUCAGAACAAAGCAGCCCACCGGACUCCAUUUACAAAACCACUGAUUUCACUCAGAUCAUCAUAAGUUCAUUAAAGUGAACAGAAACAGAAUAAAACCAUGUGACUGUAGCUUUACUUCUUUAAACUGACAGCUGCUGGGAAACCACUGUGAUACAGCUCCAAACACUUUCUGCUCUCACUCUCAACCUUAUUCAUCUUCAAUUAUGCAACAGCCAAUCAGAGUGCCAGCUCUACCUAUAAUCAAUAUAUGGAUCUAUUGGUUGCAGCUGAUCACUAAUGUUAGUUUGUGAACUAUAAACACUGAACGCUGGUUUUAUGAGUCAGAAACUCCCACAUGACCUGAAUGCAGCAUCAGUCUUUACAGUAACUGAUUACUUUCUCCAGUAACUAGUAAUGUAACUGAUUACUGUUGUAGCCCCACACUGAUUAGCAUUAGCAUACGUGGAGCAUAAACCAGGUGUGUCUGUGAGAAGCUCGUGGUGCCUUCAGGUCAACAUGUGAAACAGAUUUUACAGCUUUGUUGUAUUUGAUGAUUUUUAUCUUUAAAUAAAGUCUUUGUGAUAAAA